CGGGCCCUUGGCCGGGUCCGUCGGUCCUGCCUCAAGCACGUAAACAUUGAUAUAACGCCCAGGGCUCCUCUCCCUCGGUCUUGCCCGUCCCUUCUCCAUCUUCUCUCGUAUUGCUGCUCAACACCACACCAACAACCGCAGUCGCAGUCACAGUCACAAUCGCAACCAUGGCGCGCACAAACACUUCCUACCACCUCGCCCAGCGGCCCAAGCCUGACCUCAUCCCCGGCAAGACAUUUGAGAAGCGUACAAAUCCGGCCCCGACCGCAGACCAGCUCAAAGACGGCCACGUUCUCGUCGAGUCCCUCUACCUCAGUCUCGACCCGGCCAUGCGGCCCAUGCUCAACGAUGUACGCUCCUACGUCCCGCCCGUCCAGAUCGGCGAGCUGAUGCGCGGCACCGCCAUCUCGCGCGUGCUCGCCAGCAAGUCUUCCAAGGCCAAGCAGGGUGAUUUUGUCAACGCCAGUCUCGGCUGGCAGGAGAUUGCCAUCAUUCCGGACUCGGCCUUUGAGGUCGUCCAGAUCCCCGAGGGUAGCAAGGUCACCGACGCCCUCGGCGUUUUAGGGCUCACGGGCCUGACCGCGUACUUUGGCCUCUCCAAGAUCGGCAAGCCCAAGAAGGGCGACACGGUCGUCAUCUCGGGCGCGGCGGGCGCCACGGGCAGCGUGGCCGGCCAGAUUGCCAAGCUCUCUGGUGCCAAGGUCAUCGGCAUCGCCGGCUCGGACGACAAGUGUGCCUGGCUCGUCAAGGACCUCGGUUUCGACGCGGCGCUCAACUACAAGUCCCCCACUUUCGCAAAGGACUUGGCCAAGGCCACGCCCAACUACAUCGAUGUGUACUGGGACAACGUCGGCGGCGACAUCCUCGAGCUCGCGCUCUCCCGCGCGAAAAAGAACGCCCGGUUCGUCAUGUGCGGCAGCAUCAGCGGGUACAACGCCUCGCCCAAGGACGCGGCGUCCAAGGGAAUCCGCAACCUCUCCAACGUCGUGUCGCAGCGCAUCCACAUGGAGGGCUUCAUCGUGUUCGACUACCUCAGCGAGUACCCGCAGGCGAGGAAGGAGCUGACCAGCUGGCUGCGCGAGGGCAAGAUCCAGCGCAAGGAGACGAUUGUGCCCGGCGGCAUCAACGAGGUCGAGAAGGCGUUUGUCAAGCUCUUUGACGGCUCCAACACGGGCAAGCUGUUGCUCGAGGUCAAGAACCACGAAUCCGACGAGGUCCGUGGCUCGUCGAAGCUGUAGUCGGGUAAUGGGUGUGUGUUUUUCGGGAGUGGUUUGGUUAUUCUCCCUUGUGGUCGUUUUCGGGGGUGGGAAAUGGAAAACUUUGAUGAAUUUAGCCCCCCUUUGCUUAGCGGUGAAAACACUCCUAUUGGCAUUUGAACCUUGCACCAUAUUGUUGAUGCAUUCCCCGAAGUCUUACACAUUCAGCCGCCCGCUAACUUGCAAUGUCCUAAUCAUAAAUUCCAAACCC